CUCAAGGAGCGGCCUGCGCGAGUGACGUCAUCUGAGGCAGUCUGGACGAACCUGCUCCGCCCCCGGGCGUCCUUGACGUCAUCCAGCAAUCCGGAAGCGCCCGCACGUGUGCCCCUGACCCGGCUCCCGGCUCUGGGCCCCCUGGCCCCGCAGUCACUGGCCAUGGGUCGCUCCCGUCGGACGGGUGCUCACCGAGCCCACUCCCUGGCCCGCCAGAUGAAGGCGAAGCGGCGGCAGCCGGACCUGGACGAAAUUCACCGCGAGCUGCGGCCCCAGGUUCCCGCACGGUCUCGUCCAGACCUGGGCUCCGAGCCCGACCCCGACCUGCCAGGGGGCGGCCUGCAUCGCUGUCUGGCCUGCGCGAGGUACUUCGUCGAUUCCACCACCCUGAAGACCCACUUCCGAUCCAAAGACCACAAGAAGAGGCUAAAGCAGCUGAGCGUGGAGCCCUACAGUCAGGAGGAGGCCGAAAGGGCAGCGGGUAUGGGCUCUUAUGUGCCCCCCCAGCGGCUGGCUGUGCCCACAGAAGUAUCCACUGAGGCCCCCGAGAUGGACACAUCUCCCUGACAUGGCCUGAGGAUGUAGGGCAGGGGAACUGCCCAUGGACAGUGGUGCAAGGGCUAGGCUGGCAAAGACUGUGCCAACCUAUUUUGGCCCUGGGUUUGGGGAGUGGAUGGCCUCUUCUGGGUGCCCUCACCCCCAAUAAAGGAACUGGAUGAAGAG